AUGGAAGGGGCCAAAGUGUACGUGCAAGAUGCAAGGGGAUCCUGGCAGCGGGGUACUGUCCAAGCUGCUUUGGGCAGUGGCCGCUACAAGGUGGCGCUGCAAGGCUGGGAGGAGGAUGAGCUCCAGACAAGCCAGACAACUGAGGUGGACGCCUCCAAUAUGGAGGGUGGAAUGCUGCCAUUCCAGAAUGCGGACAUGCCAAACAAUGGCUUCCCAGUCGGGCCCUCUCUGAGGUUUGUGCUGGAGCACACGGCAACUGCAUGGAGCAUCUCUGAGGACAUGACAACGCUGGAUCACUUGCAUGAGCCAGCGCUGUUGCACAACCUACGUCGGCGAUUCUUCUCCCAGGUGGGCCCGCGGAAGUUCAGAUAG